CUCACCAGGACUAUGUAUAGUUCUAAGGCAUUCAUUAUCAAUCGUCAAUCCCAUUAGAAGCUUUUCUUGAAACACAGAAUUUGUAUACCAAUACAUUUUUUUUUUUUUCGAUUAAUUUGCUCCCUUAAUAAUUUUCUCAUGGAGAACAAAUGGUUUCUUCCUCUAAUCCUAUCCUUGUUUAUGGCUGUUCUUAGUUUAGCAGCAGCAGCUAAGCCAGUACUAUUGCCACCAAUUUUCAUACUAGGUGAUUCAACUGCUGAUAUAGGAACCAAUAACUUCUUGCCAGGUAGCAAGGCAAGGGCAGACUUUCCCCACAAUGGCAUUGACUUUCCUAACUCACCAAGACCCACUGGAAGGUUCAGCAAUGGCCUCAACAGUGCUGAUUUUCUAGCCCAGCAUUUUGGUUACAAGAGAAGUCCAAGGCCCUUUCUUUCUCUCAGUGCUACUUCUCUUCAAAAGAAGAAGUUCAGAGGUAUUAACUUUGCUUCUGGAGGGUCUGGUGUUCUUGACAUAACUGGACAAACAUUGCUGACCAGGAAUGUUCCAUUUGGUGCUUCAUUCAACAACCAAAAAAAUGUUAUCCCAUUAACAGAACAGAUACGGCAAUUUUCAUCCGUCAAGAACAAUCUCAUGGCCAAAAUGGGUGCAGCAGCAACUGAGAAGUUUCUUUCGAAGUCUUUGAUCUUCAUCAGCAGUGGAAGCAAUGACCUUUUCGGAUAUUAUCAUUCAAACAGUUCAAUUCCCAAAGAAGAAUUCUUGUCAUCUUUAGUACUUGCUUAUGAGAACCACUUGAAGACUUUAUACACUCUUGGAGCAAGGAAGUUUGGAAUCAUUAGCGUCGCCCCGAUUGGCUGCUGCCCAUCUCAAAGGAUUUUCAAUGCUACUGGGGGAUGUUUGGAGGAGUUGAAUGAUCAUGCAAUAGCCUUCCAUUUAAAGCUGGAUGCCCUAUUGUGCAAGCUCAGCACUGAACACGAAGGCUUUAAGUACUCCCUUGGAAAUUCAUAUGAAAUGACAAUAAACGUCAUACAGAACCCUCUUCCAUUCAAUUUUACACAAGUGGAAGCUGCAUGUUGUGGAGCUGGGAAGCUCGGUGGUGAAUCCUUCUGUACACCAGAUGCUAAUCUUUGUUCGAACCGCGACCAAUACUUGUUCUGGGAUUUAUUCCAUCCAACACAGGCGGCUUCUAAGUUGGCAGCUGUGACCCUCUACUAUGGAGGACCACAAUUUGUAUCCCCAAUUAACUUCGCUCAGUUACCCGAGGCUUAACUGCAAACUAACCAUUUGUUUAAGACCAAUUGUGUCUGUAGUAGCAAAACUAGUUUUUCUUCUACGUUUUAUUUAUUUGUUCUUUCAUUACAAGCUUAUACUGAAAUUGAGUUGGCAUUUAUGAAAGCAGAUAUUGUUUCUGGUUCUGCAAAACUCAGUCUGUGAUGAAGAGUUAUUUUUAAUAUCAGCAAAAACACAAUUCCACAGAGAUAAGAUGUACUUUUCAGCUUCCCCCUUGUUCUAUAACUAUGAAUGUUGAAUAGUAACUAGGUCAUUAUAUCAACAAAGAGUCCAAUGUUGUUCUGUAUAUAAGAUGUGAAAGGUGACACAACUUUAUAGUUGUCGAUGAGUCGUGAUCUGUUGGUUAGCUGACAUAACUAAUAUUGU